AUGAAAACGAGGCGACGCCAAGAAAAGCCAGUCCGAAGCUUGCACGUUCUUUUCAAUUUCAAGAUGGCCGUGACUCCAGAUAGAACUUUGCAUCUUUUACAAAUUACAAGAACCAUUGUUAAAUACGCUUAUUUAUUUAUCACCAUAAUUUCUCUUUUAUCGAGUCGCACGAUAGCUGAAUCUACGAAAGGUGAGCAUUACAGCUAAACAUUUGACGCGCCGCUAAAAAUUUGCAGCGCGUCGAAUCUCAGAUCAUUUCAAUGGCGGUUAAUGAAUGAACAAAUUUUGUUGUUUUUCUAUUCAGAUUUUAAAUAUGUCACAUGUGGGAGCGUUUUAAAGCUACUUAAUCCUAAACACAAUGUCCGGUUGCAUUCUCACGAAGUAAAAUAUGGUUCUGGGAGCGGACAACAGGUAAGUAAGUUUGCAUAUAAAAUUCGACUGAAUUUCAAAUGAGAUUUACACUUCUUGUGAACUGAUGCCUAGCUACCCAGCGUGUGAUCAACUGUCUAUAUCGGUUUAUUUAGUUUUUUUCAUAGUUGGAUUUUUUUAAGAUUACAAGCCAAACGCUUUUGAUUUGUAAACUUACGACAAUAGUAGGAAUUCGUUUUUAUCAAGGUAAUAAUUGAAGCUGUCCCGUUUUAAAGUUCCCUAUGUUCAGCCAAGUUUGAAACUACAUCUGUUUCGUAAAAUUUACCAAGGUUUGCUGAGGCACGAUUUACGUCUUUUUCUAAAAUGUUCAAAUUAGAGACAAAACUUUGUCUCUAUACAUAGUCAUUGUUGUGUUAAAUGGAGAGCUUAAUGCUUGCGUAACUUCCCCUUGGACUGAAGCUUGUAUGUUCGUUAUCAUUAAUUCUCUUUCGCUUUGUCGUUUUCUCAUAGCUAUAAGAUAAAAGUUGCUGUUCAGAAAAAGAUAAUUAACAGCAAAUUCAUCUAGUAUGAAUUCAGAAUAUUGAAUUAAGAUGACUCAAGUACUAAAACGACGUCGAACGUGCAAAGUUCUCAUUUGUUCCCGGGUGUUUCAUGGUUGCGUGAUUUUGUGAUGUAAUUACAGGAAGUUUUAUUAAAGACGCGGCAUAAACCUGCAUAAACUUCGAAAUGAAAUAAAUUUAAAAUGUGGUGUUAAAAAGGGUCCAGAAAUAAAUAAACAAUUUAUUUGAGAUCCUCGCGUUGCCUGGUAACAGUUUGUGUAUUUACAUAAUUUUUUGUAUUAUUCAGUAUCUUGGAGUUGUUUUUGUUUAUUUCUCUCCCUGGAGAGUUUGAAUGGAAGAUUGAGAUUUAAUUUACUUGUAUGUUGGAUUUUGGACAAGAUUCGUAGCUGCAAAUAAUGUUUCUCCUUAGAAAACACAUACAUCUGACCUUAGGCUUAGCACUGUUGUCUGAUGAAUGGCUGUUAUUUUUCAGAUCUGAUGUUAAACCCCCCCUUCCCCCUCCCCUCCCACUGCAUUUAUGGACAUACACUGUAUGACUAGACAUCAUCAUUGAUUAUGGAUCCGCGCUCGUCACUUACGGAAAUGAAAUUCGAGUUGAAAGGAGUCCAGUUUCCUAGCCGAGAUGCCCCAGUUAAAAUCAUUAGCAGCGGCUUAUCAGCAGUCGUCCGCGAUACCUCAAAAAUUUGUGGCUUUGCACCACAGGAACAACAAUAUUAGGAUGCGCUAUGAUGAACACGAUUAGUUAACUAGGGAGGCCCUGUUAGGUUAAAAUUCCGACAAGCGACAUGGCCGUUAAAGGGUGAUGUAAGACAAAUGAAUUGGCAACAGCAGCACAAAUUAAAAAGAUGAGUUGAAACUGUGGCAGCAACAAAGACAAACACAAAAACAAUGGGAAAAUGUCAAUAGAGACAUGGUUUCCUUCUCAAUACAUGAAACGACAGGUUUUGAAAUUCGGACUACGGACAUGCAUGCCUACCCUAAAAAAGGCACUUACAAUUUACUACUAAAUACAUUGACAUGGAUAAAUAGAGUGAACAUUUUUCUGCAUGUACAAUAUGAGAUGAUGAAAUGAUUUAUGGUGCUGUAUGGGUAUCUUUAGUCUGUUACAGGUGUUGAUAAUGCAGAUGAUGGCAACAGCUACUGGGUGGUCAGAGGCAAGACUGAUGCCCCUUGUAAAAGAGGGUAAGUCUUUUACACCAUGGAUGAUUGUAUUCCCUUUAAAAUUGAGUGGUAUAAAAAAUAAACUAUGGCUUUGAUUUGGAGACGGACAAUUUAAAAGACCUCUAAUAUCUGCCUUGAAGACUGCUAUUGUGUCAGGACCUCUGUUGUUGUGCGAUGGUCUCAAUAUUUGUUGCACUAAUGAUCUCAAAUUGCAUUUGAUGGUACAGUCCAAGCAAAUCUAACAAUAUUGAUCGAAAUAUAUGAUAUGGUUGAAAGCAGAGCCUUUGAAAUGUUUAAUGUAGAUUGUGAAUCUUGGGACAGAAGGUAAGUGCAGGGUUCAUACCAAGUCUUAUUUUUUUGAAGAAUUAUGGAGAUCGAGGAGGGUGUUAAUCAGCCUCAGCGGAUGACACCUUCCGAGAUCUCCAUAAUUCUUCAGAUAAUACAAAAGCUUAAUUCAAUAAUUUAUUAUUUUUUUAUCAUUAAUUCAAAAUAAUUCCUAGUUUAAAAACAAACUAAAACAUGCUUACCUCCAUCGAUUUUAAGUUCAUCUUCAACUGCCCAUUUAUUGGCAAGUUUAAUAGAUAAAGGGUUGUUCAGUACUGCAAAUUAAUAUUCUCCAAAAAGCAGAUGGCCCUGUCGAGUUGUCUUCUUGUUGUUCUGGCUCUGUUUUUAGGUAAUAUUUCCGCUAUUUCUUUCUCAUGAAAGUACUGAAAUGUUCUGCCAUGUUGUACUCACUACCAAAACAACUGACCUCAUCCCCAGGUCUUCUCGGUUGACUGUUCCGUUUUCUGGCAAUUAUGCUUCACAAUUGACAUCAUUUUUCACAUAUCGCAAAAUUCUUCCAAAUUGGGUUGACAGUAGCUGGUGACUAUUAUGUAAAGGAUUUUAGCCAUCAGAAACAGGGAAGUAUUAUGAAUGAAUAUAAUAUAAGUUAUGGUAUGUGUAAUUGCAGGAACCCUGUAAAAUGUGGCAGCACAUUGAGAUUACAGCACUUGGCAACCAAGCGCAAUCUUCAUAGUCAUUACUUUCAGUCGCCGAUCUCGCACAACCAGGAAGUGAGUGCAUUUGGUGAGAAUGGACAGGGUGACGAAGGUGACCACUGGUCUGUGGUCUGUGGGACAAAGUUUUGGGAAAGACAGGAUAAAGUCAGAUUUAAACAUUCAGCAACAAAAGUGUAAGUACAGUGUGCAAAGAAAGUGGUGUCCGAUAGCCCGGGGCUAGUGGAUUUUGCUAUCGGGUUAGUGAAUUCUGUUUUUAACUUGCCUGACGGGCAAGUGAUUUUUCUUGAGGAAUUCGAGUAAAAGAAGAACUCUAAGAUCAAUUCUGCUCUUCAAAAAGCUUUUGGGGCUAGUUGAAAUGACGUCUGGGCUAGUAAAUGUUAGCUUCAGCUUGCCCAAAUGGCAAGCUGUAAAAGUGAUUUUCUUUGCACCCUGAAGUAGCUGUAUCCCCCUUUUUGAGCUUACUCUAAUUGAGUUUAGCCAGAUUAAUGUCUCUUCUAUUUCUAUCCAUUCGUAAUCGCUUUAUGUGUCGAUUGAUUUUUACUAGUAAUCAGCUGGGUGUGCCAAAACCUCUGUCCGAUUGUACGGGACAGGUAGAAAUUUAGCUUUGACAUGACUUGUCCGUGGCACAAGCACAUUUUUAAUUAGAAAAUUAAAAUAAAAGCAAUCCUCAUACUUGACAAAAUAACUGCAGGUAAAUAUUCCUUUUAACUUUGCCGUACUAAGGCCAUUUCAGUUGUUUCUGUAAGCUCCACUUUGCUGAGGAACCUGACAAAACGUUGGACAAGAACUCUUGGAUUUUGGACAACCAAAUUUAAUAUAGUGUUUGUCCAAGGGACAGGUGGACAAGAAAAUUUUUUUCUUACUCUGGUAAUGAAUAUUAAACAUUGAAAAUCACAAUGUGGGAAAAUUCAAACAUGAAUCUGUCACUUUUGCUAUUUAAACAUUCAAUCAAAAUGUCACAAAAUUGCAUAAAUUCAAAACACUGGCAUUUUUAAAAGGCUAAUCACCAACAUUUUCUCUCCCUUUGUCAUGUAGCUAUCUUCAUAUAACAGGGGAUCAGUUUGGCCGUCCCAUUCACGGUCAACGGGAAGUUAGUGGAUAUAGUUACCCUGAGACUGGAAAUGAGUGGAAAGCAAUGGUAAGGGCCAUGCACACGACCUUCUAUUUUCUCUGCUGUUAACAGCAUUCCUCUGAAAUAGAAAUGGCAGUUAGAUUUUUGUCACUGGUUACAGGAACUUAAAUUUUGAAAUGAAGACAGGGGUCCCCAUACUCUUUUAGGAAAAACAGCACCGAUAAGCAUUAUUCGUAUUUACCAAAUCAGUGAAUAGCACUUUUCACAUGUUAUGAUUGGCUCCUGUAACUCAGAAAUUUCCUUGGUAAUUCACUGCUUUGCGACCAGAGCCAAGAUGGCGUUUUGCUUCGAGACAUUUUUGGAACAUGAAAUUUGAGCGAUAAGUGAAGUAGUUGUACAAACAAAUACCAAGAAAGUGACUUACUUUGGUUUGUCGGUGUUAAAUGGUAGGUAGAAAAUUAUUUUCAUGCUGAAUUUGCAAUAAAAUCGUGAAAAUGCACUUGACAAAGUCCCGAAAAUGUUUGUACUUACGUAAAUAAAGUUCCUACUAAGUGACAUUUUUAAUUUGCAAGUAGUGAUAUUUUUCAUUUUUAUCCAACUGAUUUGGUAGAUACUAAAACAACUACCUUCUCAGGGUCGGUGAACAGUGCUAGAUAUGUACCUCGACACCUCACAUCUCGGUAUUUAUCCACCACUAUUCACCUCCCCUUCAGGGGAUAGUUGUAUGAUAAUAUCAUUAUGUUUACAAGUACACAUGCUUUGAACACUUUUUCAGAGAUAACACAACAAGACAUUGGACUACCACCAAAUUUAUGUCUUAAAAGACACAAUCACAUAACUAGCACAGGGUCUUCUACUAUGUAACUGCAAACAAAAGCUUACAUUUGGCAAACUGAAUUUUGUUGAAUGUGCAUCCUUUCUUCUAUUUCAGGAGGGUAUUUAUGUGAAACCUACUUCAGAGUGAACUCAAAAGUCACGGAGAAAUUAGAUGAGAUGUCUAUGGCUUUUUCAAGAUCUUACGCUUUCUAUAUGGGACUAUUUAAAGACAUCCAGUUUUAUAAAGUAUCUAGUUAAUAUCUUUGUUUGUCAGUAUUUUUGACGUCGAACAUUAUUGUAAAGGACUUGAACAAUAAAGACUUGGUAU